GUCUGAGCCGGGAGGAAGGCCGGGCCGGGCCGAGCGAGGAAGCGGAUCGCGGGCCCACGGCUCGCUGCAGGGCCAGGCAGGGGAGACAGAGGAGGGGGCUCGGGCCCCGGCCCCGGCCCGGAUAUGGGGGCAGCGAACCCCGCGGCCCGCGGGCUCGGCCGCCGCCUCUCUUCGCUGCUACUGCUGCUGCUGCUGCGCCCAGAACCCGGGAGCUCAUCCAGGGGGACGCCUAGCCCGGGGGAGAUCGCGGGGGUCCCCCAGGUGGCUGGUCUCUGCGGGCGGCUGACCCUACACCGAGACCUGCGCACAGGCCGCUGGGAACCUGACCCCCAGCGCUCACGCCGCUGCCUCCGAGACCCGCAGCACGUGCUGGCCUAUUGCAGACAGGUGUACCCCGACCUCCAGAUCGGCCGCGUGGAGGAGGCCUCCCGGCCCAUCCCCAUGGAGCGCUGGUGCGGGGGUGCCCGCGGGACCCGAUGUCCCCACCACGUGGUGAUCCCCUAUCACUGCCUGCCAGGUGAGUUUGUGAGCGAGGCCCUUCUGGUUCCCGAGGGAUGCAAGUUCCUGCACCAGGAGCGGAUGGAUGAGUGCGAGGGCUCAGCCUACCGGCACCAGCAGGCCCAAGAGGCUUGCCGCUCUGAGGGCCUCGUCCUUCAUGGCUCAGGGAUGCUUCUCCCGUGUGGAACAGACCGCUUUCGGGGUGUGGAAUACGUCUGCUGCCCCUCCCCGGGCACCUCCGUGCCUCCCCGCACCCCCCAUAGUGAUGCUCCCACCCAGCCCCAGUCCCCAGAUAGGGAUGAGGAGGAAGAAGAGGAAGAGCCAUUUCCCCAAACAGUGGAUGACUAUUUUGUGGAGCCCCCAGGGGAGGAUGAGGAAGAAGAGGAGGGAGAGUCCAGAAGGCUCCAGCACCCCAGCACCCAACCUCCUUCCAGGGCCAGCAAAGGGAGCCCAACAGCCCGGCCUACCGAUGGUGUGGACGUGUACUUUGGGAUGCCCGGCGAGGGAGGAGAACAUGCCGGCUUCCUUAGGGCUAAGAUGGAUUUAGAGGAAAGACGGAUGCGCCAGAUUAAUGAGGUCAUGCGGGAAUGGGCUGAGGCGGACAACCAAGCCAAGAACCUACCCAAGGCUGACAGGCAGGCUCUAAACGAGCACUUCCAGUCCAUCCUGCAGACCUUAGAGGAGCAGGUCUCUGGGGAACGCCAGCGCCUGGUGGAGACCCACGCGGUCCGAGUCAUCGCCCUCAUCAAUGAUCAGCGCCGAGCCGCCCUGGAGGGCUUCCUCGCAGCUCUUCAGGGGGACGAGCCCCAGGCAGAGCGAGUGCUCCAAGCCCUGAAAAGGUAUCUGCGGGCUGAGCAGAAAGAACAGAGACACACCAUCCGCCACUACCAGCACGUGGCUGCCGUGGACCCCGAGAAAGCAGAGCAGAUGCGUUUCCAGGUGGGCAGGGCUGAGGCACCCAUUUCCUAUCCCCCUGCCCUGCUUAGGGGCU